CCCGAUACACCUUUUCGAGCUCCACUCAAUGCUCUAUUGUGUGUAUGAUUUCAGAGUGGCACACACACACACACAUACAUAUGCAUUGUUUGUACUGUAACAUGAGUUCCUAGCCUAUGCGGGAUAUGCUGUAAUUUUAUGAAAAAGUAAUGGUAAAGAUGAAGGCGUACCCUAUAGCUGCGCUUGGGCUCGGUGCUCAUUUCCUUCUCAUUUGCCCUUGAGCGUGUGGCAUGUGGGCACCCAUUCCCCCGGGACACGGGGCACGGAAGAUAACCGGAUUACUGCAGAUUACUUUCCCAAAGUUUCUCCAGGUAGCCAUUUUUCGACUUGCCCGAAAGGGAGGAUGAACAGCUGGGUGGGGAUGAGCAUCUUAAACUAGAAAAAUGUAAUUAUCAAGAUUACAAGUAUGGAGGUAAAGAGGCAUGAUUAUGCUAUAUAGAUGUGAGUGAGCAAGCAAGAAAAAAAUAGAAGUUUCAAUAAUGAGAAGGGCAAACAUGCAAAGUAAACAUAUAGAUAAAUAGAUUAAUAUCGUAAACAUGCUAAUUGGGGGCUCCCGUGGUCCCGUGGUAGAGUCUGCGCCUUGCGCUCUGGCGGGGUGCCGAAGCGUAUGGGUUCGAGAACUACCCGGUGCCAUGGGGGCAGAAAGGUGGGCUCUUUCCGACACCCUGUUGGGCCUCCUCCUUGAAAGAAUUGGGUAUCUUUCUACCAGCCGUCUGGGUGGUUGCGCGGCAUGCUCCGCCUUCCUCCCUUGGGGUAUAUCCCCAACGAAAUAACCCCCCCCCCCAAAAAAAAAAAAAAAAAAAAAAAACAUGCUAAUUGAGAUUUACAUGGAAGUAUGAUAAUGUCAAUAAAUGACUGGUCUUGCCGCACGGUUGUCAUAGCAACCACGACGCUUCCGUCAACAAGGGCUCCGUUAUAAAGAAGUGACUUCCGUUUGGUUACGUCAUUUGCCUGGUCGCCAUAACAACCGCGACGCGUCUCGGCGCACUCCGGCCAGGAGAGCGGCACCAUGGAGACCCCCGGCUUAUAGCCAUGUGUAUUAUGCCGCUAACAGGACUACAAUGGCUGGUCAGGAGAAUUUCUUCAGCACCCCUGUGGGUGCACGAAGAGGCGUCCCACCUCUAAGGUUGGAACGAUGCCAUUCUGCAAGGACUCGCAAGCCUCUGCCCUCUUCUGUGGCAUUCCAGAAAGAUGUUGUCACAGUAAAGAAGGAAUUGGAUGUCAUGCAAGAGAAAUCUCUUCAUCCUCUAGGCAGCUCCUUCUCUGAGACUAGUUACCAUGCCAGAUCUACCGGUACAUCUAGCAACUCCAGUGAUGGGCUUCCUGCUGUGCUGAAUGUACUGGAGCAUGGACAACCACUGCCAUCACUGGAAUCUCAAAACACAUAUGUCAAGGCUUCCAAGUUGACUGUUGUCAAAGAGAAAUCAGUCGGUAAAAAACCAGCCAAUGAAGGGAAGAGAAUGACUAAGAAGUUAGAGGCAGAGAAGAUUGAAGAGGCAGAAAAGUCAGAUUUUCCUCCACUUCUGCUUGACAAUUUCAAAACCAAGGCUGUAUUGGCUAAGCAAGUGAGCCAAGUUCUGACCCCAAGUGAAAGAAUUGGCAGCAACCUUACUCCAUACUCCUACCUAGUCCGCAUUCCACCUAGGUUUCCUCAUGGCCGACACAGUUACUCAGUGCUGCCCUACAUCCGUUAUGGCAACUCUAAGUCACCAGGGAGCAAUGAAAGCCGUGUAGUGGUAAUCAGUAAGCUUCUCCUGCAUAAGCAUCCGUUAUGGGCAAUGUCUCAAUUUGCAUCCAGCUCUGUUAAGACUGCACGCCUCACUCACCACUCUCAGCUCUCCACAAACCAAGACUUGGGAUGCCCUAGAAUAUCUCCUGCUGGGAUGAAAGUUAUUCAGGAAUUUCGUUUACAUGAUGUCUUAAGAAAGCAAGAGGAGCGGGUUAAGACUAAAGGGGGCCGUUACAAGAUUCAGAAGCAACAUCUCAGGAAGCUAAAUAAAAAAGUAAAAGGGGCAGUAAGAUAUAAAGAGGCCACGCAGUUGUGUGGGCUGGAGGAACAGCUACAACGCCAGAAGGAAGCCCGAGCACAUCAACCUCUUCCAUCAGAACAGGAUCUAGGCAGAUAUGAAGAGUAUCUACAGAGGAUCCAAGACCACCAGGUCACCACUCCACCUAGUAAUCUGCUGAAAGUGGUCACUCUUGAUGUUGACAAAAUGGUAUUGAGGAAUAUAAGAUUUCGCUUAGUGGUUAGUGAACUUGUUGAAGAGCUGAGUGACUGCUAUCUGAAGGGGGUGAGGCAUGCUGUUCUCAGAUAUGCUCUUCUCAGCCCAGCAGUGAGGGCAAAACUGAAGAUCACUGUGGCACCCGACGAACACGAACCCUUUGUGGUGAGAGCACCCGUUCCCUGGCACCAAAACUUCAUCACCGGGGCGCACCACUGUUACCACAACCUCUUUGCUCUCAAUCAUGUUCUUGCUGCCCUAGAUGCACUGUGGGAUGAGAGAUUCUCUAGUCUACGGUUUGUGGACAUGCGGGUUCUUGUAGGAGAGCGGGACCAGCCUGUUUUGACUCCCCUGGCUCUGGAGGCAGCCGUCCGUGCCCAGUGUUUACAGACACGGACUCUGCUCUUGCAAAAGUGGUUGCCUGGGGUUGCACGUAUCUUUGAAGAACUCAUAGGCGCCUGGCGUGAGUUAGUGCCCACUGAGGCAGGGGACAGUUUGCGACAAGUGAGGCGGUUUUUCAGUGCUGUAAGGUCCAGGAUGUCCCUCCAACUACGCAGCCUCGUCCUUGCCUCCAUUAAUGAUUUUCGGAACUGUUUAUUACAGCACAAGGCAGGUAACAGCUAUAGUGGAGAGUAUGUUGAGGAAAAAUACAUAGAAAAGGCCGUGGUGGAAGUAUCAGUAGCAGUUGAACAUCAUCGCGUCAGUUUUCAACCACCACUCCAAAAGACUCAUGAAUGCCUGUUGGGCUGUGUGGCAUCCAUCAUAGAACACAACCAGUGCAUCCCAAGGAUUGAAAGGCUCCUGUUUCCUGAUAUGUCACGACGAAAGUUGUAUCUGCAAGCAGUAAGUCAAGGAGAGGAAGCAGUACAGGAGGUGUGGUCUGAUGUGUCACGAGUGUUUGCUGCUAAUUCAUCAGGGCCUUCUACCUAUAUCAGCCUCUACGACCAGUAUACCCACCUCCUUGAUGGAUCCACAUGUACUGCUGUCCAUGACUUUAUUGCCGACUGUGGCGUUCUCAAGGAGGGCAAGAAGCUGUUAGCAAAUUUGCAAAAAUUAGGUGGAGAGGCUGUGCAGCUUUGUGACAUGGUGCCCCUCGGCCUCAUCCUUCUGAACUGUCAUCAAAUCAAUCAACAACUCCAGCAGCAGGUACAAGAGUUGACAACCUCAAUCCUGGACUACUUUGUGUCUCGCAACAAGGAGCACGAUAAAGAUAUUUGUCGGUCUUUCGAUGAUAUGUCUACCAAGCUGAGUCAAGUGACAGAUGUGACGGCCGAGAUUGUGGAGCUGAGUAACUAUCUUCACAUCUGUUCAUCUCAGACCAUGACCCAGCUGCUUCAGGAGAUCCAAAAUGCUACUGAUCGUCUUUUGUUCCUCCUACAGUUUGGUAAAGUACCAGAAGAUCAAGUGCAGCUCAUCAAUCGGAUGUAUGCUUGGCCACACAAAAUCCAAGAAGAUUUCAGACUGGCUGAAGCUCGACUUUCUCACAAGCGUGACUUAAAGGAGACGGCUCUCAAGGCUCGUGUUGCCAAUUUUGAAAAAACGCUUCAGGUUCAUCAUAGGGAGCUGGAGGACAUGCGGAGCCGUGAUAACUUCAUAAUGAAAGAAAUUCGGGUGGACACAAUGAAGAGAAAUGUGGAGACUCUGGACCGCCUUACCGUGCAGUUGCAAGAGGCCAUGAAUGAAUUGCAGGGAAUCAAUGAAGAACAGUCAUUACUUAGUUGGGAGAUGACUAAAUUUCCAUUGCUGCAGUCUAUGAUUUCCCUCAAGGAGCCAUAUGAUCAACUCUGGCACACCACAUAUGACUUUCACCAGAAGUAUGAACAGUGGUACAAUGGUCCAUUUGUAGGACUUGAUGCAGAAUCUAUCAGUGAAGAGGUUGAAGACAUGUGGAGAACCAUGUCCAAGCUCACCAAGACAUUCAUGGAUCAGGUUGGAUCAAGACGUGUUGCUGAAUAUGUCAAAGAGAGGAUAGAGAAAUUCCGCCUUCAUGUGCCUGUCCUGCAGUGCAUCUGUAGCCCAGGCCUCCGGGAGAGACACUGGACACAGCUUGGAGAGCACUUGGGCACUGAGCUCAAUUUGACGCCUGAAACAUCCUUAGCAGACAUGAUAGAAGCUGGCUUGCCCAAAGUGCAAAGGAAACUGGAGGAGAUCAGCCAUGCUGCCUCAAAGGAAUUCAAUUUGGAGAAAGCCCUGGAGAAGAUGAAAGCAGAAUGGGCUAGUGUGAUGUUUGAAUUUAAGCCAUGGAGAGAGACAGGAGUCAGUAUAUUGGCGGCAGUAGAUGACAUCCAGGUGCUUCUGGAUGAACACACCCAGAAGGUGCAGACCAUGAGGGGCUCACCCUAUGUGAAGCCCUUCGAGACUGAGAUACGCAGCUGGGAAGACAAACUGCUAUCCAUGCAAGACAUCCUUGAUGCCUGGAUUAAGUGCCAAGUGACGUGGCUGUACCUGGAGCCGAUCUUUUCAUCGGAAGACAUCAUGAAACAGAUGCCAGUUGAAGGCCGCAAAUUUACUAGUGUGGAUCAGACUUGGAGGGACUUAAUGACCACAGCCGUAAAAGAUCCCCAUGCCCUGGUGGCCACCCAACAACCUAAUAUGCUUCCCAGGCUUCAUGAGUCCAACCGUUUGUUAGAAGAGAUACAAAAGGGUCUAAAUGACUACCUAGAAAAAAAACGUCUCUUCUUCCCAAGGUUUUUCUUUCUCUCAAAUGAUGAGCUUCUAGAAAUUCUCUCAGAAACAAAAGACCCUCAGCGAGUACAGCCACACCUGAAGAAGUGUUUUGAGGGCAUCAAUCGCCUUCAUUUUUCACCUCAGCAGGAGAUUGAAGGCAUGAUCUCGAGUGAAGGAGAGUUGGUGCAGUUCAGCAACAGGGUUAUUCCUGCAAAAGCCAGGGGUCUAGUGGAGCGAUGGUUAGUGGAGGUGGAAGAAAUGAUGGUGCAGAGUGUACAAGAUGUGGCAGUUCGAGCUGUGGAAAACCACCCCUUGACUCCACAUUCACAGUGGAUUGGCCAGUGGCCCUCACAGGUGGUGCUGACAGUAUCACAAAUCAUUUGGACCAGUCAAGUUAUGGCUGCUAUCCCUGAGGAUGGUCUCAAGCAGUACUUGGAGAAGUGUGAGGCCAAGAUCCAGGAGGUGGUGCAGCUGGUGCGAGGACGCAUAGAAUACGGACUUCGCCUAACCCUGGGAGCCCUAAUAGUCAUAUAUGUUCAUGGACGAGAUGUGGUGCAAGAACUUCUCAAAAAAGGGGUUUCAUCUACCUCAGAUUUUACCUGGGAGGCACAGAUGAGAUACUAUUGGAUCAAUGAACUAGUUGUGGUGAACAUGAUCUUCAUGCAGCUCCAGUACGGCUAUGAGUAUCUAGGCAACACAUCCAGGCUGGUCAUCACUCCUCUCACUGACCGCUGUUUCAGAACUCUCAUGGGAGCCCUGAAGCUACACUUAGGAGGAGCUCUUGAAGGUCCAGCUGGUACUGGGAAGACAGAGUCCUGCAAAGAUCUUGCCAAGGCAGUGGCAAAACAAUGCAUUAUAUUUAAUUGUUCUGAUGGCCUGGACUACAAAGCUAUGGCCAAGUUUUUCAAGGGAUUAGCACAAAGUGGUGCGUGGGCUUGCUUUGAUGAGUUCAACCGCAUCCAGUUGUCUGUGCUCUCUGUUGUGGGCCAGCAGAUACAAACCAUUCAGGCAGCGGUGGCACGCCGAGCACAGCGUUUCAUCUUUGAGGGGGUUGACCUGUUGCUCAACCCCAGCUGUACCAUAUUUAUCACCAUGAAUCCUGGGUAUGCUGGCAGAAGGGAAUUACCAGACAGUCUCAAGGUGCUCUUCCGUUCAGUGGCCAUGAUGGUGCCAGACUACAUCAUGAUUGCAAGGAUUGUACUUUUUUCCAUGGGGUUCAUCGAGGCUGACAGUUUAGCACGAAAAAUCAUCCACACAUAUCGCCUGUGUUCGGAGCAGCUCUCAACUCAGCACCAUUAUGACUAUGGAAUGCGAGCAGUAAAGGCAGUUUUGCAGGCAGCCAGCAACCUCCGCCUUCUCAUGCCUGACAUGUCUGAAGCUCAAGUUAUUCGAAGAGCUAUCGCAGACAUAAAUUUGCCCAAAUUUAUCGCCCAGGAUAUACCACUCUUUGAUGGCAUUGUACAGGACCUGUUUCCUUCUGAAAAGGACAAUGUCAUUACUGCAGACCAGACAUUGGAAACUGCCAUAAAGAACACUCUUGCAGAGAACAACCUUCAGUAUGUUCCAUGGUUCAGGGAUAAGAUGGUACAGCUGUACAAUAUGGUUCUAGUUCGGCAUGGUGUCAUGGUUGUUGGGGAACCCCUAAGUGGCAAAACUAAAGCCUACCAGGGGCUUGCAUCGGCCCUCGAAAAGGUUGGACGAGAGAACAAAACAGGUGAAGAGCAGGGCGUGCAGUACAAGAUCAUAAACCCAAAAGCAAUUACCUUGGGUCAACUGUAUGGUGCCUAUGACCCCUUCUCUCAUGAAUGGUCAGAUGGAGUGUUGGCCAAGACUUUCCGGGAGAUGGCAGUUUCUGGAGGUGACGAGAGGAGAUGGUUGGUGCUUGAUGGGCCCAUUGAUGCUGUCUGGGUGGAGAACCUCAACACAGUACUUGACGAUAAUAAGAAGCUGUGUUUGAUGUCCGGGGAAAUUAUUCAGAUGCCAGGAAAAAUGAGUGUGAUCUUUGAGACUUGUGACCUGGAAGAAGCGUCACCAGCCACUGUAUCACGAUGUGGCAUGAUCUAUAUGGAGAGUAAAGAGCUUGGAUGGAGGCCACUUAAGGACUCCUAUCUGGAAAGCCUUCCUGGAGCUGUUAAGCCAGAGGUGAAGCAGAUGCUGGACCAAGUGAUAGAGUGGCUCCUUCCUCCUCUCUUUGACUUUGUGAUGAGCAAGUGCAGAUUCAUGAUCCAGACAUCCGAACUUCAUCUUUUCCAGUCUUUUAUUAGAUUACUGGAUGCACAUCUUGAUGAGGUGAGGGAAGCUGAUAAGCCUCUAGGACCAAAGAUUUCAGAAGACAAGUUAACCUCCCUCCUGCAGCACCUUGUCACCUUUGUUCUGCCGUGGUCACUUGGAUCUCUUAUUACAAGUCGCAGUCGUUGUUUGUUUGACCAGUUCUUCAGGAAGAUACUUCAGGACAAGGUGGAAGAUGCCCCAAAACCAGAAUGUUUCAAACUUUCAAAAAGCAUGCUGCCUCCUGAAAGUGGUCUGAUGUAUGACUUCAUGUAUGAGAAGGAGAGGCAACGGUGGGUCUCAUGGCAUGACUCUAUCAACCAAAACGAUUUUGUCAUUCCUACAGAUGCGAAGGUAUCCCAGUUGUUGAUCCCUACAGCAGAGACUGCACGCCAGGACUAUUUCUUAAGGAACUGCCUCUACCAUGACGUGCCCAUGCUGUUGCUUGGACCCUCUGGCACUGGCAAGACUGCUGUCACAAAUUCUACCCUUAAUGACCUUCCCAGAGACAAAUUCAUCAUAAAUGCAUUCCAUUUCUCAGCCAGAACUACUGCUGGCCAGGCUCAAGACAUCAUUAUGUCCAAAGUAGAUAGGCGAAGAAAGGGAGUGUACGGCCCAGCAAUGGGAAGGAAAUAUGUGGUAUUUAUUGAUGAUGUCAACCUACCCAAAAAAGAAGCUUAUGGUGCCCAGCCACCAAUUGAAUUUCUCAGACAGUGGUUGGAUCAUCACCAUUUCUAUGACAAGAAGGAUUCUUCCAAGAUUGAGCUUGUAGACUCACUUUUCAUAGGUGCUAUGAUGCCACCGAGUGCUGACCGGAGUAACAUAUGUGGAAGAUUCACGCGUCACCUUAAUGUUAUCUAUUUAGAUACUUUUGAUGAUGAAACACUGGACAAAAUAUUUGGAUCAAUUAUGUCGUGGCACUUUAGCAGUCAAGAGGAUGCAGCCAUCCAGCAACUUAGCAAGACUGUUGUAGAGGCCACCCGCGAGGUGUACAGACGGACUGUCUCCAGCUUCCUCCCCACACCAGCCAAACGCCACUAUGUUUUCAAUUUGAGAGACUUCUCACGAGUAAUGUGUGGAAUUCUUUUGGUACCCAAUGAAUGUCUCACUUCUGUUGAAAAACUCAUCAGACUCUGGCUUCAUGAAACUAUUCGUGUUUUCCAUGAUCGUCUCUGUGAUGGCCAUGACAGACAGAAGUACUUCAUGCUGGUGCAGGAAAUUUGCCUGAAAGCAUUUCAUUGUAAUAUGAAAGAUGUCUUGGUCAACUUAGUUGAGGAAGAAGAGGACCUGCAGCUUCAUCACCUGAAUAAUUUGAUCUUUGGCAAUUACAUGAUUCCAGAGGCAGAAAAUCCUGUGUAUGAUGAGAUACAAGACAUGAAGAAACUUCAGCAAGUGAUGGAAAAAUAUCUUCAAGAAUACAAUCUGGAGAGUAAAUCCCAGCUCUCGUUGGUUCUCUUCCACUACCUCAUCCAGCAUGUGUCUCGCAUCAGCAGGGUGCUCCAGCAGCACUCUGGCCACGCCCUGCUGAUCGGCCUUGCCGGCUCUGGCCGCCAGAGUGCUGCCAAGCUUGCUGCCUUUAUGGCCAAACAAGAAUUCUUUCAGAUUCAAGUGACUAAGACAUAUGGAGUUAAAGAAUGGCGGGAUGACAUCAAAAAAGUAUUAAUGGCAGCUGGAGGAGAUGGCCGAUCAACGGUGUUCUUGUUAACUGAUGCACAGGUUAAAGAUGAAAGCUUCAUUGAGGAUGUAAAUACCUUGAUUAAUUCUGGUGACCUUCCAAACUUAUACAGCAGUGAAGAAAAAACUGAAAUCUUGGAAAAGAUGCAGUCUGUAGCUAUUGAUGCGGGUAAGAAGAAUGACAUGUCUCCGGGAGCACUUCUUGAAUUUUUUACUGAGAGAGUCAAGGCCAACCUGCACCUUGUGAUCUCACUCUCCCCACUGGGCCACAUGUUCAAUAACAGCCUGCGCAUGUUCCCUUCUUUGGUCAACUGCUGUACUAUUAACUGGUUCACUAACUGGCCAGAAGAAGCUUUGGAAAUGGUGGCAACAUCACUCCUGCAGGUUGUUCAGUUUGAAGCACCUCUGCUCGGCCAGUGUGUGGCCGCCUGCAAGUAUUUUCACUACAGUGCAAAGUCUCUAGCCAAUACGUUUCUUGAACAACUGCGGAGAAGGCACUAUGUGACAUCCUCAUCAUAUUUGGAAUUGGUGCUCACUUUUCGACAGCUUCUCUUGAAAAAGAAAGAGGAGAUUCUUACACUCCGAGACCGGUAUGUAACUGGUCUGGAGAAACUGAAAGAAGCAAAACACCUCAUCACGGAGUUACAAGAAGAGCUAAAACUUUUGCAGCCCCGUCUAGUGGAGACUUCAGCCAACACCGAGGCACUCAUGAUAAAGAUUGAACAGGACACCAUACAAGUGGAGCGCAAGAAGGAGCUAGUAGCAGCAGAUGAAGCUGUAGCUAACAAGAAAUUUGCUGAUGCCCAAGCCAUCAAGGAUGACUGCGAAAAAGAACUGGCCAAAGCAGUGCCAGCUCUGAACGCUGCCACAGAUGCUCUGAACACACUGAAACAGGAUGACAUCAGAGUGGUCAAGGCCAUGAAGAACCCUCCUUCAGGUGUCAAGCUGGUAAUGGAAGCAGUGUGUGUAAUGCUGGAUCUUAAGCCAGAGAGAAAGCCAGAUGCAAGUGGCUCAGGUAAAAUGGUAGAAGAUUUCUGGACUCCAUCACAGAAGCUUUUAGGCGACAUGAAGUUCUUGCAAAAUCUUCUACAAUAUGACAAGGAAAACAUACCAACCAAGAUUAUUUCUCAUGUCCGCACCAAGUUCUACUCUCACCCAGAUUUUGAUCCCAAGAAGAUUCGAAUGGUGUCAAUGGCAUGUGAAGGCCUCUGCCGGUGGGUGCGGGCCAUGGUGGUGUACGAUCAGGUCAUCAAGAUUGUGGCUCCUAAAAAACAGGCAUUGGAGGCAGCCAAUCAUGAACUUGCUCUUCAGAAUGAAAAGCUGGAAGAAAAGAGGAAGGAACUUCGUGAGGUAACAGACAAACUUCAAGCCUUAAAUGACGAAUUUACCAAAAAGCAGAAAGAAAAGAAAGACUUGGAAGAUUCAAUUGUAAGAUGUGAACAGAAGAGAGACCGAUCAGAGAGACUAAUUGGGGGCCUUGGGGGGGAACGAGAAAGGUGGAGCAAUGAGGCACAGACGCUGAGUGAGAGCUUGGAGAAUGUGGUGGGAGAUGUACUGAUUGCUGCUGCUUUCAUUGCCUACCUGGGAGCCUUCACAGUGGAGUAUCGUCAGAAAUGCUUGGAUGAUUGGCACCAGAAGUGUUCACAACUGGGCAUAUCUUGCAGUGCCAAAUUUUCUCUGUAUAAUACUUUGGGUGACAAUGUCCAGUGCCGCACCUGGCAUCUGUAUGGGCUUCCUGUUGAUUCCUUCUCAGUUGAUAAUGCCAUAGUGGUAUCUCAGUCCCGCCGGUGGCCUCUCAUGAUUGACCCUCAAGGCCAAGCGCACAAGUGGGUGGUGAAUAUGGAAAAAGAGAGUGGACUUCAGGUAGUAAAACAGACCAACCCGGCCUUCAUGAACAUCUUGGAGAAAUCACUGGAGAAAGGCCUGCCUUUGCUCAUUGAGGGAGUUGGAGAGGAACUUGAUCCUAUACUUGACAAUGUGUUGCUGAAACAGACUUUUACUCGACUUGGGGUGGAAUACGUGAAGCUGGGAGACGCUGAUGUUGAGUACCACAGUGACUUUCGAUUAUACCUCACAACCAGACUGAGAAACCCACAUUAUCUCCCACAGGUUACCACUAAGGUUGUAAUAAUCAACUUUCUCAUCACUCAUUUGGGUCUGGAGAACCAGCUGUUAGGGUUGGUGGUGGCUCAUGAACGACCACAGCUGGAAGAAAAGAAGAACCACUUAUUAAUAGAAUCGGCUAACAACCACCGAGCUCUGCAAAAAACUCAAGAAAAAAUCCUCGAGGUCCUAUCCACUGCAGGUCAAAAUUUAUUAGAGGAUGAGAAGGCAAUUGACGUAAUGAGUUCUAGUAGGGUGCUGUCACAGGAGAUCACUGCCAAAGAGCGAAUCGUUGAAGAAACUGAGCUAGAAAUUGAUGCAGCGCGUGGAGCUUACCAGCCUGUCGCCACCCAUGCCUCUGUUCUCUUCUUCUGUGUCUCUGACCUGGCUGCUGUUGAGCCAAUGUACCAGUUCUCUCUUGGAUGGUUCAUUGCUCUUUACCUCCAGUCCACAAAGACUGCAACCCCUAGCCAGGAUGUGGAUACUAGGAUCAGCCUACUUAAUAGCCAUCUUACCAGAGCCGUGUUCCUCUCUGUCAGCCGUUCGCUCUUUGAAAAAGACAAGAUUCUCUUCACUUUUAUUUUGUGUGUGAGACUACAACAUGCUAAGGGUUGUUUAGAUGAUGAUGUGUGGAGGUUUCUGCUCACAGGAGUUUCUGUACACGUGGAACUCAAUGGUGCUGCCCCUCCACCCCAAGCACUGUGGCUCACCAAUAAAGUUUGGGCACAUCUAGUGCAAGCCGGACAGUGCAGCAGCUUGGAAGAUGUGCACAAGCACGUAGCAGAACACUUGGAGGCAUGGGAGGAGGUAUUCCAGUCAGACACUCCUCACCUGGCUCAGUUCCCAGAGCCUUACAGCACCCUGGAGGGCAUCAACAGACUGGCACUUAUAAAAUGCCUUAGACCAGACAAGAUCAUAUUAGCUGUGCAGAACCUCAUCCGGACUCAGUUUGGAGAAGAAUACUUAUCACCGCCACAGUUUGAUAUUGGGUUAUCAUUUGAUGACUCUACCUGCUACACUCCACUCAUCUUUAUCCUCUCACCUGGAACUGACCCCAUCGGUGUAUUAAACAGAUUUGCUCAAGAGAGGGAAACUGAGGUGAAAGUAAUCUCCAUGGGCCAGGGCCAGGGAGUUGCAGCAGAAAAUCUUGUAUCACAAGGAGCCAGUGAAGGGUUGUGGGUAGUGCUACAGAACUGUCACCUAGCAGAUGAAAGCUGGUUGGCAAAAUUGGAAGUAGUAUUUGGCCAAGUACUUGAAGCUGAAGAAGUACACCCAAAUUUUCGCCUCUGGCUCACCAGUUACCCAUGCAAGGCAUUCCCUGUCUCUCUCCUUCAGGAUGGAAUCAAGAUCACCAAUGAGCCACCUCGAGGACUGAGAGCCAACCUCCUUAACUCAUACCAUUCAGAUCCUAUCAAAGACUCGGAGCUCCUUGCCUCUCCGGAUCCUGACCAUGUUGCAAGAUCAUUCCAGCGACUUCUGUAUGGCCUCUGCUUCUUCCAUGCCCUUGCCCAGGAGCGCCGCCACUUUGGUACACUGGGAUGGAAUGUAUCAUAUGAGUUCAAUGAGUCAGAUAUGAGGAUCAGUGUCAAACAACUCCAGAUGCUUUUGGCGGGAUGUGCAAAACCAGAAGACGUUCCCUUCGAAGCCCUGACCUACCUAACAGGAGAAUGCAACUAUGGUGGCCGUGUGACAGACCCCAAAGACCAUCGACUCCUCCUCUGCCUCCUUAGAAGCUUUUACAACAUAGAAAUGAUGGAGAAUGACAGGUACCAGGUGUUUGGAGUAGUUGAAUACCAAGUACCGCCCGAAUCCUCUGCCACCUGGCAAGCCUAUGUUGACCAUAUUGAAGGCCUUCCACUCUCAGCUCCACCUCAGGUGUUUGGUCUGCAUGCCAGUGCUGAUAUUGCGAAGGACCACCACGAAGCUGAUAAGCUUUUUCGUGAGAUUCUCUACUUUGAACCUCAAUUCAACAACAAAAUUGGAGAGGAUGCAGCUGUUCUGGUGGCCCGGGACUUGGCCUGUGAGAUCCUUGGCCUCCUGCCACCACUGUUUGAUUUAAAAAAGGCAGAAGAAAGACAUCCAAUCACCUACAAGCAGUCCCUCAAUACUGUGCUGAGACAAGAACUAUUACGAUACAACAGACUCACGGCAACGAUCAAGAGUUCCCUUAAAGAUGUGAAGAAAGCAGUAAGUGGUGAACAGGUGAUUUGUGAGGAGACGGAGACAGCAUACCAAGCUUUAAUGAUUGGUCAACUUCCUCCAACAUGGAAAAUUCGAUCUUACCCGACAAAUAAAUCCCUUGCGCCUUACAUCAGCGAUCUGCUCCACAGGUUGAAGUUCUUCCAACGUUGGUCGCUAGAAGAGUUACCAGAUGUCUUCUGGUUUUCGGGAUUGUUCUUUCCCCACACCUUUCUUACAGGUGUUCGACAGAACUAUGCACGUCACCACAGUAUUCCUAUCGACCGAAUCUAUUUCCAGUUCUUGGUUAUGGAUAAAGAGGUUGAUGACAUAAUUCAUGAGUGUAUCAGACCCAAUUUUGUGGAACUACCUCAAGUAUUUGAAGAGCUACCGAGUCCAGCUAACCGAGGACAGUGUGACACUCAAGAUACAGACGUGGAAGAUGAAAUACCUUCAGCAGCAGAAGAAAAUACAUCUCAGGACACAGAAAAUGGGAAUGAGAAAACAAAGGAAGAAGACAAAGAAGAUGUCCAGGAAGAAGAAGAAAAGAACAAUAGUAAUAACAACAUUGAAGAUCUUUGCAAUCAAGAUUGCAAAAGGCAGAGCAUCAUCUACGAUGUUCUCCCUAUGCAAGACAAAGGGGGCACUUAUACCUGGGGUUUCUUUUUAGAGGGCGCCCAGUGGGAUCGUGAAAAGAGAUCUCUGACAGAGAUGUCCAAGAAAAAACUGCAUGACCAACUACCUGUCAUUCUCUUCCAACCAGCAGUCUUCCCAGAAGGUUCUGACAACUGUGGUUUUGAGGAAAAUGGGUACUUCUGCCCUGUGUACCGCACAAGUCAGCGGAGCGGCAGCUUCUCCACCACUGGCCACUCAUCAAAUUUCAUUUUGGAUUUGCUGCUCCCCUCUUCUCACCCUCCCCAGCACUGGGUGUGUCGCGGGGCUGCUGCUCUCACCCAGCUGGAUGAAUGAGGAAGGAUUGUGGUACAGCUUCCUGGGAUCCUGGUUUUGCAAAUAUGUCAUUGCAAAAGUAUUUUUAGACUUGAUAAUGGCAAACUGAUAUAUCAGUUCUACUUUACAUGUGUAUAAUUUUUUAUUCUUGAUCAAAUCUCAUAUUGAUCAAAAUAUUCUAGCACACAUUUGUUUGUAAAUGGCCUAUAGCAAUAUCUGUAGUAUGACAGUAUAUGUUAUAAGUUCAGGUUACAGUUCAAGUGGCAAAGUGAACACUGAUCUUUUCUCAGUUUUCAAUGUCUGUGAUUUCUUUAUGCUCCUCUGCUAAUUCUGUCAGAACACUAACAUAUGAACUGCUGCUGAAUGCAGUCACAUUCAUAGUUGACAGAAAUUAUACUUUAAUGAGACAUAAGCCACAUUGAAAAUUAUUUUACCAUAUAUGCCUCUCGUUUGCAAAUGCUGAGCAUAGUAAUAUCAGCACAGCCCACUUCCUUGCAUAUUAUCCGACUGAGCACACCCCAGAUGUUCAUCAACCCAACUUUCAUCAGAUUCUUUUAAAAGGUAACACCGGAGAUGAGCAUUAGCAAAGCAUUAAUAAUCAUUACGGCACAACUAAUAAAAAAUUCACCCACACCACGAAUGAACUGGCAGACACCUUUCAAGAAAGCUCAGGGAUGCUAUGGCCCUGCACAUAGAAAAAAAUGCCCAAUAAUCUGUAAUACUGCUCUGUAACCAUCAUAUUAUUUAGUGGAUUCUCACUGUAGAAUCUUUCAAAAUUUUGCAUUGCUUGAUUUUCUCCUCUUUGAACAAAUAACAAUAGAAAAAAAUAUGUGGAGCUCCUUAGACGAAAUGCCAAACUAUUACAAGACAGUGAGAAUGAAGCCAGGUUUUGUACUGCAAGCCACUGGUUAAUAAUUGUAAUGUACUCUAUGUUCCUAUGUCAUUCAGAUCUUCCUCAAUUUAUUAGUUCUAUUUGUGAAUGGUUAUUUUUUUAUUUUAGGUUCUUGUAUGAUGUAGCCUAAUCUAUGUUAAGAAAGUGAUAUUAUGUAAUGGAAGUGUCUAGAGUCCAGACACAAAGAAGCAUGUACAGCAAGCAAGGGACAGAACACCAUCUAGUUAAAAAAAUAAAAUGUCUUCACAUACUCUUCCCAAAACUCCAAGUCAAUGAGAAAUUGAGAAUGGGAUUGCAUGCAGCUCUACAAUAGAAUAUGUAUUGAGGUACGUGGUGAAAUUCAGUGCUGUGUGUUGUUGGGAUAUCCACAUGCACAACACUGUAAAGCAUUUUCUUUUGUACAGCACCUCUUCAUUGCAACCAUUUUCUUGUUUCAAAAUUAGAGAUCAGAAUGUCACCUUCUGUGGCAGGAAUUACUUGAGUUGCUGUAUUGAAGAAGUGUGAGUGUGGUGAUGCAUGUCUCAUUGGUGAUGGAUUUUUUUCAUAGAGUAAUUUCUUGCAUCCCAAAACUGUUUAUUGUACAGCCUACACUGUCAUUCAUGUUUUUAUGUGAUCUAAUAAACAUUCAAGGUUA